CGGGAAUCUGUGUCCGCCUGCUAUGUCUUCAUUUGAUUUCCCACCCCAUCACUCUUCGGUGCUUUUUYCACCUUCCAUUACUUUGCCCGUCCACUCAAURCAUGCAUGUCCACCACUCGCAGCUAYGUCGCAUACACCUGACCACCACAUGCUUGCAUCAUCAACCUUUCACACACCUGACCAGCACAUGCCUGCAUCGUCAACCCCGCCGUCUCUGCCUUCCCCACAUUCGCAUCCACAUCAUAACAUCAKUUCCCACCUAACCCCUYGUCAAUCGCCACUGAUGUGCACUCCCGUGCAAGCUUCUCCUCAAUCGCCACUGYUGUGCACUCCCGUGCAAGCUUCAGCACCAACAUCGGCCAUGGCAACUCCGUUGGAAACGUUGCACAUAAUGUCGCCACUGGCUGGAGGGUCUUCGCUGUGCGAUGACGUGGGCGRCAAUGGCCAGGCAUGCGCUGUGGAGACAAGGCCUGCACUGGUGAGGGGACCACGAGACGUUCGCGACGCACUACCUUCGCAGGAGGAAGUCGAUGGUGAUGCUCGUGGUGAUACUCCGCAUGCGAUCGGGGAAGCCGGUAACCCCGCUGACAAGGGCRGUGAGGCGCARGACAUUYAUGCCGGUUUCGACAUCAAUCAUCCUGCAGACCRAGGGGAGGACGACAAUCYUGGUGGUAAGGACGCCAUCUCGUCAGCGGGGCAAGGGGUGAAGGACARACCUGUUCGUGAGGGCGUCGASUGUUCAGGUGGGCGCGGRGCAAUGGACAAACCUGGUGGGAAGGACGACAAGUGUUCAGGUGGUGAAGGGGCUAAGGACAAGGCUGGUGGGAAGGACGUCAAUACCCAGAAGGAACGACGGACGGCGCCGAACGGGAAAUGGGGAGAGGAGGAGACCAUUGCUUUGUUGAAGAUUCGUUGUGAACAGUUGGCGGUGAAAGGGAAGAACUCGGAGAAGAAGGGCGCGGCUAAGUCCAACACGAAGGUGUGGGAAGAAAUUUCGGCAGAUUUGGCGAAGGAAAGUUUUAAGCAGGAUCCGAAAGAGUGCAAGAGGCGAUGGAACACUGUGAAGAGGUGGUUCGGGAAAGUUAACGACAAUGACGACAGGAGCGGGCGGCAGAGUUACUGGAAAAUGACCCCAUCACAAAGGGCCCAAGCCAACCUCGAUUUCAACAUGACGUGCUCGCGCCGUACAACAAGAGAAGUCAGACUACGAACCCCACGCAUUUGGUGGAUACGGGUGCAGAGGAGGAAGUGCGGCCCGUGCCUCCUGCCCCCGCUGGUGAGGGGGUGGAUAACCGAGAAGUGCAGCUCCCAGUGCCUCCUCGUUCUCCUGAAGGGGGUGGCGGCGGUGGUGAGGGUCAGGCGGGAGAAGGGAAUGCACACGGAUCUGAGAUCUGAGGAGGGGGUUCGGUUGCAGGAUCUUCGACCAUGACAGGUGUGGCCCCCGCAACCCCUUCCAAUCAACGCCGGAAGAACGU